AUGCCACCGUACAACCAGUGGCGGCGGCUCAAAAAGCGUCUUGGAAUUUCACUGGCCACUGGAAGCGGCAAGACGGUUAUUUGCAGCCACUUAAUCGAACGAAUCCCCGAACCAACGAGAGAAGCCACUCAGACCUUGAUCUUGGUCCAUCGCCGUGAGCUGGUAGAACAAGCAGCUCGUCAUUGCCAGAACAUCUAUCCUGACAAAAUCAUCGAGAUUGAGAUGGGCUCAAGACAUGCCUCGGGUGUGGCUGAUAUUACAGUUGCUUCAAUCCAGAGCAUCAUGUCUGGAGAUCGUCUGGUCAAAUUCGACCCCAAUCGCUUCAAACUUUUGCUCGUGGAUGAAGCUCAUCACAUUGUCGCCACGAGAUACUUGGACGUUCUCAAGCAUUUUGGCCUCGAUGAAGACUCACAANAGAUACCCAACCACCAAUGCCCUGCUCUGGUGGGUGUUUCUGCAACCUUCUCUCGACAUGAUGGUCUCAGACUGGGCGCUGCUAUCGAUCAAAUUGUCUAUCACAAAGACUACCUGGACAUGAUUGAGGGUGAGUGGCUAUCUACCGCCUCGUUUACGACAGUGCAAUCUGGAGCGGAUCUCAGCAAAGUAAGGUCGCUGGGAAAACAGGGAGACUUCCAAACAGGUGAUCUGUCCAGAGCUGUCAACAACAAUGAGACAAAUCAAGUCACCGUUCAGGCCUGGCUUGCACAAGCUCAAGACAGGAAGGCCACUUUGGUCUUUUGUGUAGACCUGGCACACGUCUCCAGUCUUACAGCAAUGUUUCGUCGCUUUGGUAUUGACGCCAGGUUCAUCACCAGUGACACGCCAAAGCAGACUCGAACUGAGCGCUUGGAUGCUUUCAAGAAUGGAGAGUUUCCUGUCCUACUGAAUUGCGGCAUCUUCACAGAAGGAGACAUGAAGAAUCUGGCUGGGAACAUUACAUUCACUCAUUAUGACUCGGUCAAUGAUCUUGUCGAGGAUACUCGAGGCGAUGUCUACAUCAGGCAGAUCAGUCAGUUUGCUUGGGUGCAGAUCGACACCGACCGGUACAUCUUGUCGAGUGGUGGAGGUGAUACCUUGAAGAUUCAUCGAGACGAUACCACUGAUGAACGACCUUGGAUUGUGACAAGUGUCGCAAAGCUACCAGAAGGUUACGCCUCGAAAAGCCCUUAUGCAAGACCUCGAGAGCUGGUCAAAGUGCAUGAGUUCGAUGAGGCGAUCCACGCUGCGGACAGCUAUGCAGGCAAACACUAUCCUUUCAGAAACAUCGCUUCAAGAGCACCAUGGCGUAGGUAUCCCGCCACGGAAGCGCAGUUAGCUAGACUGAACAAGUCACGCUCAGAGGAUCAACAACUUACCCAAGAGAAUACUAGCAAAGGCCAAGCGGCAGACAUGAUAACAAAGAUUGUCCAUGGUGCCAAAGGACGAUUCGACAAGCUCAACCAGGUCCGACGCAAGAUGGAACAAGAGAAGCAAAAGCAGCAGCAGCUUCAAGAAAGAAUGUCCAGACAUCAGAUACAAGUCGGUCCUGUGCGAUGA